AGGAGAGGAGAUGGGGAAAUCAGAGAGAUGGAGGCAAGAGAAUCUGGGAUGCGGUGGAGCCAGAGAUAGUCACUGGAGUGAGACGUGUGACACGAGGAGACUGAUGGGAAAUGGAGCAAGAUGACAUCAAAAAAGGGAGGGAUGGAAGACGGAAAGCAGAUGAAAGGAAAUGCAAAUGACGGAAGGACAAAAAUACACUUUGGAGUAGCCUACUUAUGUAGGCCGAUGAAUUGGAUGCAGAUCGCCAUCAUCCGUGAUAACCAGCCGACAGAAAUUUCGUCAUGUCACAUCUACCAGGAAGGUCCAGCAACUUCUGCAUCUUCAUUUGGAGAGCAGAAAGGCCAGAGAAAACAUGCCAUGUCUGCAUACGGAGUCCCUGCCCUCUUUGCCUGCUGAAGGGAGGUAUGGAGUCACCUCAGCCCGCAGGGGGUCUCAAGGGUCCAGAUCCAAGUCUGGUAAAAAGGGGAAGAAUGCAGAGAAGGGUUCGUUUGUGGAGAGGAAUGACAGUGAGAAAGAACAGAGUGUCAUCACCAGUGCUGGAUGGUUCUUCUCACCUCUCUGGACCCCAGGGGCCAAAACCCAGAGACUGGGAUUCAGGAUGGGAAAGGAAAGCGAGAAAGUGAAGGCAUGGCUGGAUGAUCAUUCAGAUUCUGCCAGAUCUUACUUUAGCAGAUCCUCAAGACAUUGGAUGCAUGGCUGUGUAGAAAGAGCCCAAGCUGCCCAAACCCUCGUAACUGAGCCCAGAUCUAGGUUGACUAAUCUCGGCAGACGCAGGGUUUCCCACCCCCUGUGUGGGCCCUCUCGAGGACAUGUGCACCCUGCAACAAUGGAAAGACCACGCUCCUGCCUUUCUGUCCAUCAGAUUGAUGAUCCUGUGUGUCUGGAUCGGGCCGGAGGUCGUUCUCCUCAGUCACUGCAGUCUACAUACUUUCCAUUUUCACCUUGUGUGUCAAGGUCAAAGUGUUUGCCACAUUCUCUGAGCUCCCCAAGACCAGCAGGACAGUGUAAAAGAGGCGAGUCCUGUAACUUCAUGAUGAGGCUCUUUGGUGGUCUGAUUAGACCUCUACAGAACAAAAUCAUCUGUCAGAUCCUACAGCACCUUUCUGAGAUCACUCAGGCCCAGCGCUGCUGUCUCUCCAUGACAACGGUGGACAAAACAGGUGUAAAGUGUUUGGGUCCUAUCUUCCAAUCAGAUGAGGAGUCUGUCUACGGUUACACACAGGCAGAGUGGGACAAGUGCAUUAUGGGAUACGUGGUCAGCACUGGGAGGCCACUUAACAUCAGGGAUUCCCAUGAGGAUCCAAGAUUUCAGAUUGAACUGUAUGAGACGGAAGAGGACAGACCCAAGAGUAUUCUCAGUGUGCCUAUCCUGAACCACAAAAAGGAGGUUAUAGGUGUUGUCAUGGCUGUGAACAAAAGCAGGCCAGGCACAUGUGUAGGCAGCUUUUUCUCAGAACAAGAUGAGAAAGUGCUGUCGUCACACAUGGUGUUGUUCGGCCUGAUCCUGGAAAACAGCCAGCUGUGUGAAAGUUCAGAACAAGAGAGCAAACGCAACCAGGUACUUUUGGAGAUGGCCCAACUGGUGUCACAUGACUACCCCUCUGUGGAGGACAUGCUCAGCAAACUGGCUGCUGUCAUCCUGCCAGUUACAAAAGCACAAUUCUGUACUGUUUUCAUCUCAGAAGACAGCUCCACGGGGCCUUUCUCAAAGAUAGUCCAUAUAGAGCACAAAGAAAGCAAUUGCUCUGUCCAGUGUUCUACAAGGGAUUAUGACAGCAAUGACAUCAGCUACAUGUAUGCCGUGCAUGUGCGAAACUCGAUGGAGACUCUGAACAUUAUCAACAGACCUGCCCAGAUUUCUAAGGUCUCUCAGAUCAGGAGUUUGAUCGGCACACCUCUGAGUGGCAAACAGAGAGAUAACGUCAUGGGUGUGUGCCAGCUAGUCAAUAAAAUGGCUUUCACUGAGACAGAAGUUUUUAGUCGAGCUGAUGAGCACCUCCUGGAGGAUUUUGUUGUGUACUGUGCUCUUGGAUUACAAAAAUUCAACUCGCAGCAGAGGGCAGAUAAAACCAGAGCAAAGCUGGCUGUGACUAAAGAGGUCUUAUCUUAUCAAAUCUCUGCUUCACAAGAGGAAAUCAAUGCAUCAUUGGAGGAGGCCGUCAUCCCAUCAGCAGAUGCCCUCUGUUUACUGGAUUUUGGCUUCAGUGAUUUUGAUAUGUCCCAGAAUGCCAUGACUCAGGCCGUUGUGCGCAUGUUCCUGGAUCUCAGUUUGCCCCAGGAGUUCAGCGUUGACUACAAGACCCUGUGUCAGUGGGUUUUGAGUGUACAGAAGUGCUACAGAAGCAAUGUAGUCUAUCAUAACUGGAGCCACGCAUUGCGCACAGCCCAGUGUAUGUUUGCCAUGCUACAGACAAAGGAACUAAAGAGUAAUUUUAGCAGUCUGGAGGUUCUUGCUCUCAUGAUUGCCAGUCUGUGCCAUGAUCUGGACCACAGAGGAGUAAAUAACUCUUUCAUAGAGAGGAGUAACCAGCCACUGGCACAACUGUAUGGUCACUCGUCCCUGGAGCACCAUCAUUAUGACAUGUGCCUUCUCAUUCUCAACAAUCCCGGCAGUCAGAUUCUCAGCUCACUCUCAUUGAAGGAAUACAGGGCCUGUGUGCAGAUGAUUGAAAAGAACAUUCUGGCAACAGACCUUGCUAUCUAUAUAGAGAAGAGAACUAAGUUCUUUAAACUUGCUCAGAGUAACAGCUGUCUUUGGACAGAUGAAGGACACAGAGAACUGCUUAGGUCAAUGCUAAUGACAGCAAGUGACAUAAGUGCAAUAACCAAACCAUGGCCAGUUCAGAAGCGGAUUGCUGAACUUGUAGCAACAGAAUUUUAUGCACAAGGAGACAGAGAAAAGUAUGAAUUAAAUAUUCAGCCAAUGCAUGUGAUGGACCGUGAAAACUGGACUCGUUUACCUCACAUGCAGGUUGACUAUAUUGAUGGGAUUUGCUCUCCGCUCUAUGAGGCCCUGGCCAGCAUUUGUGAGUCCUGUUCACCUCUAAAAGAAGGUUGCAGAAGGAACAGAAAACAUUGGCAACAGCUCGCAGAUGUCGGAGAGGAAGAAGAAAGGAUAAAAAUGAAAGGAAAAACAGAUGGAGAAAGGGAAGAAGCAUGUUAAUGCUAUGUAAACUCUUGGCGGACCACUCAUAGAGUGGACCAGCAAGACUCAAAGUCAUAUCUGAUAUUCAGAUUAUUACUUUAUAUGAUGAAAUUAAAACCAUUAAGCAUGAUAGCAAGAUAGCCCUCACUAUCUGGCUGCCAGUGAAUACUAAAGCAAAGAAAACAAGGAAAAAGAUAGUUUUAGGUUUUAGAACUAAAUAGUUCAAUAAUAUGAAAGAGAUGCAAUUAGAUACACACUCUUGCGUUGUUGGUUUACCUAUAUCGACACUGGUAUACUGUAGUCCAAAACAACCAGUCAUGCCCAUCUUGCCAUUCUUGAUUUUCAAAUGAGCCAUAGAAUUUAUGUGGGAAAUAUCACAAGUUACUCAAGAGUAGUUCCUGUUUGGCUUUGUCACACUAGUGAAUCAUUGUUAAAUUAUUUUAUAGUUAAUGAAUUUUAGAUCAAAACACAUAUGUUAACGUUUUGUGUUAAAGGGACAGUUCACCCAAAAAUGAAAAUUCUGUCAUUAAUUUCUCACUCUCAUGUCGUUCCAAACCCAUAAGACCUUUGUUGACCCUUCAUAGACAACAGUGUAACUGAAAUGUUCCCAUUCAUUUUUGGGUGAACUAUCCCUUUAAGUUGUUUAGACAAGGAAGCACAACUUUUAUUUUAUUUUAUGGAAUAAAGUUCAUGUUCAUUCCUCAAAUUCCUUCAUUUUAAUUAAGUUCAUGCGCCGGUAAAACUGAAAAGCUAGAAACAUAUUGUUUAUGGAGGAAUUUCCAACAAUAAAAAUGUUUUAUUAUAAAACAUAAUUAAUGUCUGUUAUGUUUAUAACUAAUAUUGUUGUCUUGGUAACACUUUAGAUUAUGGAACACUAUUCACUAUCAACUAUUUGCUUAUUAACAUGCAUAUUACAAGCAUAAAUGCUCAUAACAAACUCUACCCGGUACCUAAACAUAACUAUUACAACAGCUACCUUACUUACUAUCAAUAAGCAGCAAAUUAGGAGUUUAUUGAGGGAAAACUCUUAGAUAAUAGUGAAUGUGUUACCUAAUCUAGAGUGUUACUGUUGUUUUUAUUUGAUUUAUUGCUAUCCACAUUGUUUAUUGCAUGUUGACCUGUUAAUCAAAAAUCACAGCCACGAAUGUUUCCUGUAAUAUGCUGAAAUGUUUGUCAUUGUUCAGCGUGCAAUGAAAUUAGCAGCAGAUAAGGGGGGUGUGCCUGACGGUGCAACAGAAUGGUGUUUUCCCUUGAUGUGGUCACAAGUCUUCACGUGACCUGUGGCAACAUGUGCGGUCUUGUGCAUAUACAUGUUUGCCAGAUCUACCUUUCUAACCUACUCAGUACAUGCAGGGCAAAGCUCUGGGAGACUGACAGCAAAAUGAGUUGCUUGGGUUGGGUUAAACAUUUAACCUAACUGUUGGUUGAAAACAACCCAGCAUGUGUUCUGUCCAAUGUUUACCCAGCACUGGAUUGUAUUUAACCCAGCAUUUUUUAGAGUGUAUAAGGAAUAAAGAUCAAGUCAAGUCACCUUUAUAACGCUUUAUACAACAAAAAUUGUGUCAAAGCAGCUUUACAGUGUCAGACAGGAAAGUAGUUUGUCAAUAAUGCAAGAGGACAAUAAUAAAGAGUUAUUUUUCCAGUUAAAGUCAAUUUAUUCAUUAUUCACUGAUGUCAACAUCAGUUCAGCUCUCUUCCAAUAGUGUCUGUGCAAUCAGUCCCCAACUAAGCAAGCCAAAGUCGACAGUGGCAAGGAAUCAAAACUCCAUCAUCGAUGACAGAAAUAGGCUAGAGAAAAAACCUUGGGAGAAACCAGGCUCAGUCGGGGGGCCAGUUCUCCUCUGACCAGAUGAAACCAGCGUGGCAUGGUUUAAUUCCAGGCAGCAACACAGGUCAGAUUGAGCAAAGGACUCAUCUGGUUCCUGUGGUCUUGUCCCGAUGACCGUCUAGUUGACACGGUCUUCCCAGGGGAUCUGUCACUGAGGAGCAUCUAGUUAAGUUGACAUUGUCUUUGCUUACACUCAGGGCUGUCGAGGUCAUCUCUAGGUGCUGAUCCACCGUCUGGUCUGGAUAUAGACUGGAUCUCGAUGGCUACGGUGACCAUUUUUCUUACGAUGUAGUGAGUGCAUCGGGUGUUAUGAGAAUUGUUCCCAGUUCUGGUUGACCUAAUUAAUGCAGCCUAACAAUCCUUAUAUCCUGAAUUAUAGAAAUGUGAUAAUGUGUUAUGUGUAAACCAGGUUAAAGAGAUGGGCCUUAAAUAGGAAAAGGAUCUGCCGCCCGCAGUCGAUUUUGACAUUCUAGGUAUUAUCAAAUGGCCAGAAUUUUGAGAUCACAGCGGACGUGAAGGACUACAAUGCGAUAUGAGCUCACUCAAGUAUUGACGAGCUAAAUCAUUCAGGGCUUUAUUAGUAAUUUAGCAAGAUUUUAAAAUGUAUUCAAUGUUCAAUAGGGAGGCAGUGCAGAGUUGACAGAACUGGGCUAAUAUGCUUAAACUUAUUCGUUCUGGUAAGAACUCUAGCUGCUGCAUUUUGGAUCUGCUGGAGUUUGUUUAUUGAGCGCUCAGAGCAACCACCCAAUAAAGUAUUACAAUAAUCUAACCUUGAGGUCAUGAACGCAUGAAGUAACAUUUCUGCAUUUAACAUUGAGAGCAUAGGUCAUAAUUUAGAUGUAUUUUUAAGAUGAAAAAAUUCAGUUUUACAAGCUUUCAAAAGAAAAGAUUGCUAUCAAAUAGCAUACCUAGGUUCCUAACUGAUGAUGAAGGAUUAACAGAGCAGCCAUCAAGUGUUAGUGUUUUAGGUUAUUACAUGCAGAGGUUUUUGGUCCAAUAAUUAAAACCUCUGUUUUAUUUUUUCAGAAUUUAGCAGUAGGAAAUUACUAGUCAUCCAGUUUUUUGUGUCAACUAUACAUUCCGUUCAUUUUGUGAAUUCGUAUGUUUCAUCGAGUCGCUAAGAAAUAUAGAGCUGAGUAUCAUCAGCAUAACAGUGAAAGCUAACACCAUGUUUCCUGAUGAUAUCUCCCAAGGGUAACGUGUAAAGCGUGAAAAGCAGCAGUCCUAGUACUGAGCCUUGUGGUACUCCAUACUGAGGAAAUCAUGUUUACAACAGUUUACAACCUUAUUUGGUAAAAAGAAGUGAAGUAAUCGCCAAGCCUUAUUUUAGCCAGCCAGUGUUAAAAAUGAAU